UUUAAGGGAAACAAUGAAGGUCUUGGUACUGUUAUCACUCGUAGUUGUGGCAUUUGCUCUCCCAGAAGAGUAUGAUUGCCCAGCAAACUCUCGUUACCAAUCGUGCGGCACUGCUUGCCCCUUGACCUGCGACAACUACAAGAACCCACCUAAGUUCUGCAUCCUCAUGUGCAAUCCCGGAUGCCACUGCGACAAGGGAUACGUCAGGGUGGAGAAAAACAUAGAAGAAUGCGUCAAGCCAGAGAAGUGUCCAAGCAGUGCAACCGUUUAAAAGAUUUCUUGCAAAUAAAGCAAAGAAGUGAAGCAACGUGGAGGAAUGAAGCAAUGCAUUUUGUAAUUAUGCUGUUUAUGAAUAAACUGUGAAU